CAUCAACAGUCCUCAGUUGGCAGCUAAAUCAGAAAGAUCUGUAAGCAAAUCAGUGAAGCAAGAUGAGCAAAAUCAUUUCCUUGAUUGUGGUCACCAUUUGUGUGUUUGCGGCUUUUGCGGCGGCGAUGCCCCAGCGUCCACAAACCAUUCCUCUGAUUUACUAUCCACCACCGCCGCCACCACCAAGAAUCUAUCGAGCACGUCGCCAGGUGUUGGGUGGUUCACUGGCCUCCAAUCCGAGUGGAGGAGCCGAUGCUCGAUUGGAUCUGACCAAGGCCAUUGGCACCGCCGAUCACCAUGUGGUUGGACAGGUAUUCGCAGCGGGCAAUACCCAAACCAAACCGAUCACUACUCCGGUUACCAGUGGCGCUACUUUGGCCUAUAAUAACCAUGGCCACGGCAUCGAGCUGACCAAAACACAUACACCUGGAGUGCGGGAUAGUUUCCAGCAGACUGCCACCGCGAAUCUAUUUAACAAUGGAGUCCACAAUCUGGAUGCCAAGGCCUUCGCCUCGCAGAACCAACUGGCCAACGGUUUCAAGUUCGAUAGGAAUGGAGCUGCUCUGGAUUACUCGCACAUAAAUGGACAUGGAGCCACUUUGACCCACUCGAACAUUCCCGGAUUGGGCAAGCAAUUGGAGCUGGGAGGUCGAGCCAAUAUCUGGCAGUCGCAGGAUCACAAUACAAGGCUCGAUCUGGGCAGCACGGCCUCGAGAUGGACCAGUGGACCUUUCCAAGGAAAAAACGACUUUGGAGCCAACUUGGGACUUUCCCAUUAUUUUAGAGGUUAAAGAGAAGUCUAUUGCGAAAUAUUAUCACUUUUAAAUUUUCUAAAAAAAUUUUAAAUAUUUAUUUAAAUAAAACUGUUGUUCUCCAAAA